AUGGAGUACAUGGGAAGCAAUAUAACAUACAACAAAGACAUAUACAGUGAGUUUAAGUACUACUGUGAACAGCAUGAGAUUGAAGUAAUGAGUAAAGGAGACUUUGAAACGCUUAUGAAAGACAGUAAGGAGGUCGUUCAUGAGAACAGUGUUGAAAUAGUUCAUGAGAACAGUGAGGAGGUCAUACAUGAAUGCAAUGAUGAAAUAGUUCACGAUGUCGUUCGUGAAGAAGCCAUUGCAACAAAGAAUGAGAUAAAGGAUUUCAUAGAACUUAACAAGGAGGAGUUUAAAGAAGGCUAUGAAGUGAAAAGAUGUGAAGAAGAUUUCUUGGCGUAUUUGAAGAAAAAGAGACUAAAGCCAAUGGCUCAAAAUAAGUUUCAAUCGAUGUUUGAAAAGAAACGUUUGAGCUAUGGUGGUGUAAGAAGCACAUAUUACUUUGUUAAGAAGUGA